AUGUCAACAUUCACACUUCCCGGCUCAAAUCUGAACGUGAAUAGCAUCCCAGAUCUAAGCGAGAAAGACCUCCUCUCAUUCCCAGCCUUCAAAACCUGGAUAACAACCCUCCAGCACUCCCUCGCGCGACAAGAACACCCCUCACACAAGUUCCACAGUGACCCAUACGUACUGCGCAAAAUCGACAUUCAAGCCGUCGACCGCUUCGGUGGCGGGCGAUUAGGCUUCGUCAAAUUGAAAGCGGAUGUAUCGAAUAGCCAGGGCGAGACUCUGCCGGGUAGCGUAUUUCUGCGGGGUGGCAGUGUCGGCAUGUUGCUCAUCCUCCACCCAAAUGAUAUACCAAACCCGACUGAAAAGGACAAGCGCGUUAUCCUGACCAUCCAGCCUCGCAUUCCAGCGGGCUCGCUGUCGUUCGCGGAGAUCCCGGCUGGGAUGCUUGAUGAUAGUGGGACGUUUGCUGGCGGUGCGGCGAAGGAGAUCCACGAAGAGACCGGGUUGCGGGUCGAGCAGGGCGAUUUGAUUGAUAUGACCUCGCUGGCGCUGCAGGCUGCGCAGGAACCUGGCUACGGUGAGCGCCUGCAGGCUGCGGUUUAUCCGUCUCCUGGCGGGAGUGAUGAGUUUAUUCCUUUAUUUUUGUGUCAGAAGUCUAUGCCGGUAAAGGAGAUUGAGGGGUUGCAGGGGAAGUUGACGGGGUUGCGGGAAUCCGGGGAGAAGAUUACGCUUAAGAUUAUUCCUUUGGCGGAUCUGUGGAAGGAGGGGAUUAGGGAUGGGAAGACUCUGGCCGCUUGGGCUUUGUAUCAGGGGUUGAAGCAGGAGCGAUUGCUCUGA